AUGGCCAGCACAAUAGCACGCACUGAGGAACGCCAGAAUGCUGGCACCAUGGAGCUCAAAGAUGACACUGUCAUCAUAGUACUGGGUGCCUCCGGAGAUCUUGCAAAGAAGAAGACCUUCCCGGCCCUUUUCGGCCUUUAUCGCAACAAGUUCCUCCCCAAGGGAAUCAAGAUCGUCGGAUAUGCCCGGACAAACAUGGACCAUGAGGAGUACCUGAGGCGUGUGCGCUCAUACAUCAAGACCCCUACCAAGGAAAUCGAAGAGCAGCUGGACAGCUUCUGCCAGUUCUGCACCUACAUUUCCGGUCAAUAUGACAAGGAUGACUCGUUCAUCAACCUCAACAAGCACCUCGAGGAGAUUGAGAAGGGCCAGAAGGAGCAGAACAGAAUCUACUACAUGGCCCUCCCCCCCAGCGUUUUCACCACCGUUUCCGACCAACUUAAGCGCAACUGCUACCCCAAGAACGGCGUUGCCCGUAUCAUCGUAGAGAAGCCUUUCGGCAAGGACCUUCAGAGCUCGCGCGAUCUCCAAAAAGCCCUGGAGCCUAACUGGAAGGAAGAGGAGAUCUUCCGUAUCGACCACUACCUGGGUAAGGAGAUGGUCAAGAACAUCCUUAUCAUGCGCUUCGGAAACGAAUUCUUCAACGCCACCUGGAACCGUCACCACAUCGAUAACGUUCAGAUCACAUUCAAGGAGCCCUUCGGCACUGAGGGACGUGGUGGUUACUUCGAUGAAUUCGGCAUCAUCCGUGAUGUCAUGCAGAACCACCUUCUCCAGGUGUUGACGCUGCUCGCUAUGGAGCGCCCCAUUUCCUUCUCCGCCGAGGACAUCCGUGACGAGAAGGUUCGUGUCCUCCGUGCGAUGGACGCCAUUGAGCCCAAGAACGUCAUUAUUGGCCAGUACGGAAAGUCUCUGGAUGGCAGCAAGCCCGCCUACAAGGAGGACGAGACCGUUCCCCAGGAUUCCCGCUGCCCCACCUUCUGCGCUAUGGUCGCCUACAUCAAGAACGAGAGGUGGGACGGUGUUCCUUUCAUCAUGAAGGCUGGCAAGGCCUUGAACGAGCAGAAGACCGAGAUCCGUAUCCAGUUCCGUGACGUUACCUCCGGAAUUUUCAAGGACAUCCCUCGCAACGAGCUCGUUAUCCGCGUCCAGCCCAACGAGUCCGUGUACAUCAAGAUGAACUCCAAGCUGCCUGGCCUGUCCAUGCAGACGGUUGUGACUGAGCUCGACCUCACCUACCGCCGCCGCUUCUCCGACCUCAAGAUCCCCGAAGCCUACGAGUCUCUGAUCCUGGAUGCUCUGAAGGGCGACCACUCCAACUUCGUCCGUGACGAUGAGCUGGAUGCCAGCUGGAGGAUCUUCACCCCUCUCCUGCACUACCUGGAUGACAACAAGGAGAUCAUCCCCAUGGAAUACCCCUACGGCUCCCGCGGACCCGCCGUCCUUGAUGACUUCACCGCGUCCUUCGGCUACAAGUUCAGCGAUGCUGCUGGCUACCAGUGGCCCUUGACUUCCACCCCCAACCGUCUGUAA